UUAGUUCAGGCUGAUAAAAGCAAAGAACAUAUCAUAUUCGAUUUAAGUAAUAUUGUGAGUUAUAUUUAGAGAAUUAUAGACUUAAAAAUAAAGAUGUUUAAUGUAUUGUUAGUGAAAAUUCAGCGAAAAUACAGUAAAAGUGAAACCUUGAUUUCAUAAUUAUCGGGGAUAUUAUCAUCUGAGAUGAAAAUGGAAGUGAGGCGUAAGAAUAAAGGUUACUUCAGGAUGGAGCCGGUGCCUGAGGUAGGCGGGCCGUUCAAGAUAAAAACGGAUAGAAACAGUAAUAUACAGGCAGGAAUAUUACCACCCGGUGUGAGUGGAGUUUUCCGCCAGAAAUCUUUUGGAACAUGCGACCGACAAAUCUCAGCAUUGUCGUCGUAUGUGCGAGCUGCUUGCACCUUGAACACAGCCGGCAGCAUUGGAAGUUUGUUCACUCGCAAAAUGGCUGCCACUGCAAAUACUUCAUGUCCGUGGCCUAAUAGUCAAGAAGAUUACGAUUUACGUGAUGUUAUUGGUGUGGGAGCAACUGCUGUUGUAUAUUCAGCAUUUUGUAAACCAAGAAAUGAAAAAUGUGCUAUAAAGAGAAUAAAUUUAGAGAAAUGGAAUACCUCAAUGGACGAGCUACUAAAGGAAAUUCAAGCAAUGUCCAGUUGCAAUCAUCUCAAUGUUGUCACAUAUUAUACCAGUUUUGUGGUUAAUGAUGAAUUGUGGCUUGUCCUUAAAUUAUUAGAAGGAGGGAGUCUCUUGGACGUAAUCAAACAUAAGAUGCGGGUAUCGAAUUGUAAACACGGCGUAUUUGAUGAAGCAACGAUCGCCACUGUCCUCAAAGAAGUGCUUAAAGGAUUGGAGUACUUUCACAGUAACGGACAAAUUCAUAGGGAUAUAAAGGCGGGUAACAUAUUGCUGGGAGAGGAUGGCACUGUUCAAAUUGCUGACUUCGGGGUGUCAGCGUGGCUGGCGACCGGCAGGGACUUGUCGCGGCAGAAAGUCAGGCACACCUUCGUUGGUACUCCCUGCUGGAUGGCACCCGAAGUCAUGGAACAGGACCACGGUUACGACUUCAAAGCGGACAUAUGGUCCUUUGGUAUAACAGCUAUUGAGAUGGCAACAGGCACCGCGCCUUAUCAUAAAUACCCACCAAUGAAGGUCCUCAUGCUUACUCUGCAGAACGAUCCACCAAACUUAGAUACCGGUGCGGAUGAAAAGGAACAAUACAAAGUAUACGGGAAAACCUUUAGGAAAAUGAUAAUCGAUUGUUUACAGAAAGAUCCAUCGAAGAGACCAACAGCGACAGAGUUACUUAAACAUCAGUUUUUCAAAAAAGCUAAAGACAAAAAGUACCUAACACAGACUCUUGUCGCUAUUGGACCAAGUAUGGAGACGAGGGUUCAUAAGGCAAGUAAACGGCAGCCGGGUGCUUCGGGUCGUCUUCAUCGCACUGUAACUGGUGAAUGGGUGUGGAGUGAGGAGGAAGACGAGGCUGGGAGAGAGUCGGAUGAGGAGCCGGACAAACGACCCAUGAACCAGUUACAGAGGGCAGACUCCAGUAGCGAUAACGACGAGGAAGCAGGAGUGAGUAAACAAACAAAUCAACUGGCUCGCGUAACAUCUGAGUCAGUUGUUGUCAAUCUAGUUCUGAGGCUAAGGAAUUCUCGUCGGGAAUUGAACGAUAUACGCUUUGAAUUCAUCACGGGGAAGGAUACAUCAGAAGGCAUAGCUGGCGAGCUGGUCGGAGCCGGAUUGGUGGAUCCAUUGGAUUCUGUUCCGAUAUCCACUAACCUGGCCAAACUGCUUGCACAGCGGAACACGCCGACGCCGGUCAACACUGUCACAUUCCAUCUUAAUUCGACUCCUGCUAAUGAACAGUUUGACGACAAAACUUUGGUCGGUUUCGCGCAGAUUUCCAUAGUCGACAUCGCUUAAUUGACGUGUACUAACUCCCUAGCCAACCAAAGAUAUGUUUGUUAACAAAAAUUUUUACGUUAUAAUGAUUUGAUUUAUUUCUGGAUACAUUUACUAUUGCCGUUUUAAAUAUUUUAUUUUUUUUCAUAGCUAGCUUUAAAUUUGGAAUUGAAAUUUUUGUUAUAAAAAUGUAUUCUUGUGAGGAAUGUUGUAACCGUCUCUAUCCCUCUUGACACAUGAUCAAAAGGUAUGGCAGAGACGCUACAUGUCCCGUCAUUACAAAUACGCCCAUGCAAUUGUUUUGCGAAUUAUUUAUGUUACUGCGUAUUUGUACUUAAGUUAUUAGUCAGUGGGUGUAAAGAAAUCUGUUUUUACAACAGAUAGGGUACGUUAGACGCGUGAAAACUGACUAAUGGCUGGAGCUAAAUCGUCAAGAGACGUUUAUAGUCUUGUUUUGGUGCUUAAAAUUAAUCUAUAUAUUAUUUUUAUAAAAACUAAAUUUAAUCAUUGUAAUCUGAUAGUUUAAGAGAUAUUCGCGUCUAGUCCUUGUUUAAGUAUAUGUCAAUUAAAGCGGCCGUAUGGCCUUGGGCAUCCGCAAGAAAUGUCAUUGUUUAAUGUUAGCGGACAGUGGAUAUUGAUUACUUGGCACAGUGUAUAACACCUUCUCUGUAACACAGUUUGGCACACAAAAGCAAAAAUAUUUAUCACUGAGGUCGACCACGACGAGGAUGUCAUCUCCUCUGAUACUUAAUUCCGCUGUAUAUGGUCAAUGGUAGUCUCCUUAACAUCAAACGAGACUGUUCCUCUGAACGGAUGACUCUUUCUCUUAAUCUUCAUCUCACACUAUGACUUCCAUCUAAAUUUCGUAUACAUUUAAGUCUACCUAAUAAUUUGGAUCCUAUUGUUCAAUAUUUUGCCUGUUUAUGACUUAUCCCUACUUAUAUUUAUUUAGAAAUUGUUUGAUACGAUAUUGGUGUUUGGGGGGAUGGCUUUUUCUGCUUAUAUUAGGCAUUUUUUUACGAAUUGAGCUAAAUCUUUUUUUUUAGUAUUAACUUUUCUAUAAUCAAAUGUUUACUAGGUUUAUUGAAAAUUUAAAUAAAACGAUAUUUUACAUUUAACUGUCACAUGUUAGAUGCGAUUUUUAUUUGAACUUGACGUUUCUGUUGUACUCAGACAUAUACACAAUACCAUCUAGUGAACACGAAUUCUGAGAGACAAGGUAACGUUUGUUUAUAAUAAGAAUAAUGUAUGGCAGUUUAAACUGUAAAAUAUUGUAUUAUCUAAAUUAAUGGAUUCUUUUGCGUCGAUUGAGGUUUAGUUUUAUUUAUUAAGCUCUGUCCUAUUCUGUCAUAUUAAGUGUUUUUUUUUUAUUUGUCUUAAGAUUGAUUUAUGACUGCGACACAUGGUGUUUGGUUACGCAGAUGGCUUAGAAUGUCGACGGUCCUUUAAAUUUAUCUGCAGACAUUCAUUAGACCUCUUUUAGGUUUAGGGCUAUAUUUUUGUACCAGGGGUCUGUGACUUGUUUCGUAGAUGGAUGUAAAGUUCCUAGCUAAACAUGGAAAUGAUGAAUGUUUCGUGAAGACUCGGAACAAUGUUUAUUUUAACCUAUUUAUCAUUUGAUGUUUGAAAUCCAAUUUUUUUUAAAUGUAAUACGGAUUAAUAUAAGUGCCUAUAUACAAGUGGCUGUUUAAUAAAUACGUAUUGCCACGAACUAGUUGUGACAUCAUGAUUUUUGUGAAUUAGUUUUAUAACAUUAUUAUUAAUACGCAUUUGUGAUGGCUUGGUGAAGUGAUGUGGGACGCUCAUAGCGAGGGUUUGUUAUCAUCUGCGGAUAUUGGACUAAUCGGAUGAUGUGCGUUUUGUGUUGCAAAUGUGAAUAUUACUAGUGUAUGUUAAACUACAACACAUGUAUACACAAAAAUUAUAACGUCACGGCCUUUAGUUAUUGUCCUCUGUAAAAAGAGGUGGUAUUCGUGAACGUAUUGUUCCGUUCGACAGUAAUAUGUAGUCGAUGGUCCAGUUUUUUGUGGCUGUCAAUUACUAAUGUAAAUUUUAGAACUUAAGAUGAUUUAUUUCUUUAAUUUUUAUAUUCUUCACCAUAUAUAUACCCACGUACUUGCGUCCCCCCGUGUGCUUUAAAGAGUUGGCAACAUCUUCGACGUGUAAGCUUCGAGCUGAUACUAACACAACUGUCUUGAAACGUCCGCCAUAUGCCACUUUUAUUUUCUAGGACGUUUUUAGCGGGCGCGCAUUAAAAGGUGUGCUGUUGUAGGUGAUCGAACAUUGAGCUUGUCUACUACAAUGGCCCUUUGUCUACUGGUAGGACAGGAUUCAAGUGCGGACGAGUGCUAACGCGCUCGAUUACUGUAAAAUAGAACAAAAUUGAAACGUUUACGAAUAUUUACAAUAGCUAUGUUAGUGGUCACCUCAUCCUAGUAUAUAAGCCACGUUAUUUAUUUUACUGACACUUGUAUGGUUUUAUAGUAUUUUUUUAUUUGGUCACUAUUCCGUUUGAAAUUAUUUUCAUUUGGAUGUUUCGAUGUCGCUCGCGAGUCUGGUAUGGUGACGUUGUUCAUGUGUUGACUUCCAAUUUUUAUCAUACAAAUUUCAGAAGAUCCAGUAUUAAAGAGUUUAAUUUCAAAUACAAAAUAAUGCUUGCUUUCUUUAUUUGAGUGCCGUUUUUUUUUCGAAUAAUGGAUCGUUUAUGCGAUUUGAUAUUAAUUUAAGUAAUUUUUUUUAAAGGGUUUGAUGUUUGAUUGAUGAACACAGUAUCGAAUUUAUAUCGUAAAAUUAAUUUAUUUGUUUUCGUAUAAUUUUAUUAUCCCUGUAAGUAUGAUUGUGCACUGUAAUUUCUAUUAAGUUAAAUGUCAAUAUUAUUUCCUAUUUUUUUUUUACAUUUAAUGAUAGGUUUACUUUUCCUUGUGUUUUCUUUCUAUAAUUUUAAUAAAGUCAUCGACAGUCUUUCACCUCGGUGAUAGAAA